UAUAAGAUACGAAACAUGAUAAAUAAAAGUGUAAUCGGUUCUGGCAGUUAGUGGGGCUACUAUUUCUAGGUCGUGCACGUACCGCCGUACCGCGGGACACCCAACAAGGGAGAGUGCUCCUUGAGGGUUACCGCAAGCUAAAAAAAGAAACGAAUUAGGUACGAGCGUAUGUCCAACAAGGGAGAGUGCUCCUUGAGGACUAUCGCAAGGUGGGAGACGUCCCGCAAGGCUAACUUGUCAGUUACCAAGUAAAAUGAAUGUUUUAUGAAAGAUAAUGGGAACUAUUAAAGUUUCAAGUUAUAAAUGAUGUUUUAUUAUAAUGCAUUUAUGAAAGUGUUUUACUAUAUUCUAUUCUCCCUGAUUGCAAAGUAAAUAAAAUGAAUUGAAAUGAGUUUACGCUGUUAGGGUAGUAUGUUACUGGGCCUCGGCUCACGAUAUUGCUUUUGUUUUAGGUACGAAGAAGAUCAUGGGAUACCUUAGAGUGAGGAUGCAACCACCAAAUUCACGAUCGAUGUUUAGUAAAGAUAACUAUGUCAUUAGUAGUAAAGGGAUGUAUUAUUUAAAGUCUAAGUUUGAUUUCAGGAUUUGAGUUAGAUUUUAAUAUUAAUGUUUAAUCAAAUGUUAAAAGUAUUUAUUAUUAAAGUUUAUUUAGUAACUUAAAAAGGUUAUGGCGCCUUGUAUUUCCCACGAGGGAAUUAGGCAUGUGGCACUCCGACUAAAUUAGGGUUUCCGCUGCUAAUUAAAGAUAAUUAACCUAAUUAAUGGUGUUUAGAAGUCGGGGUGUUACACCAUCAGACUCCAUGACACGGAAUAAAAAUGGAUAUGGUGAUCGGGUUUCUAUUCAGAGGCCUGGAACAUACAUGGAUGUUAGUGCAAAUACAUCUCCUAUGGAGCGAUCUACUCCAUCCUUUCAUGUUGAGCGAUCUACUCCAUCCAUUCAGGUUGAGACAGAACCAAAUUACAGUUCUGAUGAACCAGUCGAAUCAGUUUCUGAAAGUGAAGAAGAAUUGAACGAAGGAGAUGGGGGAGAGACUAGUGUGAAAGCAUCAAAACCUCGAUGCCGGAUCGUAGUUGCAAAUUGGCCGAAACGCGUGAAGUUUGAUGACAAGGAAGAGGUUCUAGCUAUAGAUGCUAAUGGAAAACGCCAUCUCGUGAAGGGUUCAGUCCAGCCUCAAGACGUUUGGACUGAUGAAAUUAAAAAGGAUUUAGAUACUAUGUCCAGUUCAAUGAAUUCUGUCAACCUCUCCGAAAAGGUGGUUCCAUCCUUGUGAGUUUCCUCGGUGAUAUUGCAAAAAAAGAUUCAUUGUGUCCAGUGGAAAUCAAAACCUGGCGUGCUGUCAACAAGAAGUUAAAAUCUAAUAUUGUUCUUAACCCUUUCAUUCAUGAUCAACUAGUUGCGCAUUUGUCAACCGAUGAGAUUAUAUUUUUACAUAUACUAUGCAUGGUAAGUAUAAGCAUGUGAUGCUCUCGUAGCUCAGAAUUUAAUAGGAGGCAAAUAAGGUUCGGAACUUAAAUGAGACACCUAAGCUUAACAGCUCUGCACAAACUUAAAUCACUGACCAGGUCCGAAUCUUUGUUCACCAGGGAGACACCUAAGCUAAACAGGUCUGCACACACUGAGAUCACCGACAGGUCUGAUUCCUUGUUCACCAAUGAGACACACUGAGACAUGAGAGGUUGUAUCUGCCGGGCUUCUGUCAAUAAGAACAAGAUAUUCACUAGGUUACGCUAGUCAACAACAAUUAGAACAAGGUUUUCAUUACAUCAAAUACAAAUCUAAGAUAGAUUAGUUGCUCUGACUGGUUGCAAAGAUAUUCCUUCUGUAGGAAAAAACUGGUUUUACCAUGGAAGCUUAUUUUCUUUUACUUUUAGUAUUACUUUGAGUAACAGAACAUUAGAAUGGGAAUGAGAAUUUAUUCCUUACUACUAUCAAA